UCCAGUUUCUCUUAAGUGUCCUUUACUUGUUGUAUGUUUUCUUGCCGAGGUGCCACACAGUAUCUUAUACAUGCAGUGCUGAUUACUGUUAUCUGUAAAGGAUAGAAAUGCAGUUGGUGUGUAUAUAUAUUUACAGAAUGUCACUCUUGAUUGUGGGGCAUUGGGGCACAGUGGCAAAUUAAUAUCUAGUAACAUUGCAAAAAAAAAUUUGGUUCACUUGCACAAAGUAGCAUUUAAUAUAUAAUGAGCAGUAUGUUUCAGCUUGUUCAUGAAUUUCUCCUGUCUAAUGGUAAGUUCUAAACAAGUCAUAGUGAACUUUUUCAUGAUUUUGGUCCCUAAAUCAUAAACUUUUUUUGUCUUGUGUAUCUUGAUUUUUCUGUGUGCUUUAUAGUGAAGCAGCCGACACGAGUCGCUUGUUCAUAAAACAUCUUUUGAAAAGUUGAGAGCACAACCCCUGGAGAACCGACUGUGCUUGCUUACGUUUGGUUCAUGACUAAAAAAUCGAGUACAGGAGUCAUUCCUGAUGAAUCUAAGGCUUUGUCUCUGUUGGCACCAGCUAAUGCAGUGGCAGGUUUGCUGCCUGGAGGUGGACUUUUGCCAACACCAAAUCCUCUUGCGUCACUCAGCGGCGUUCCUUUGGCUACUCUCGGGAAUGUUAAUCCCGGCUUGGACCCUACCCUUGCUGCACUUGGAUUGCCAGGAGCAAACUUAAAUUCCCAGGUUACAGCAGAUCAGCUUUUAAAACUCAUCACUCAAGUUGAUCCAAAGUUAAACCAUGCUUCUGGUGCCAUUGUGAGCCCAGCCCUGAAAUCUGACACUUCUUCCAAAGACAUAGAAGAAGCAAUGAAAAGGGUUAAAGAAGCCCAGUCGCUGAUCUCAGCGGCCAUAGAAACCGAAAAAAAGGAUGACAAAAGGAAACAUUCUAGAUCGCGAUCUCGUUCACGCAGGCGGCGCUCUCGUUCCCGUUCAAGGCACAGGCGUUCCAGAAGUAGAUCUAGAAGACGUUCACAUUCAAAGUCAAGGAGCAGGCGACGAUCACGGAGUCCGAGACGAAGAAGAUCUCGUUCAAGGGAGCGAAGGAGAUCUCGAAGUGUAUCAAAGUCAAGGGAAAAAAAGAAAGAAGAGAAGAAAAGAUCCAAAACCCCCCCGAAAAGCUACAGCACAGCCAGGCGAUCACGCAGCCCCAGCAGAGACAGAGAACGAGAGCGAGAAAGAGAACGAAGACGUAGAAGAAGUAGAUCAAUUACCAGAUCUCCAAAGAAGUCACGAUCACCCAAGCGCAAACUCUCGCGGUCACCAUCUCCUCGAAGGCAUAAGAAAGAAAAGAAGAAGGACAAAGACCGGGACCGAAGCCGUGAAGUAGAGGAGAGGGAGAGGUCGUCUAGCAAAAAGAAGAAGAGCAAAGAUAAGGAGCGGGAGAAAGAGAGGGAAAAAAAGGCCGAAAGUGAGAAAGGAGAUGUGAAGGUGACAAGAGAUUAUGAUGAAGAGGAACAAGGAUAUGACAGUGAAAAAGAGAAAAAGGAAGAACAGAAUGUUUCUGAAUCUGGGACGUCCCCAAAACUGAAAGAGUUGGCACAAGCAACUGACAAGGGAAGCACAGAUAUUGUGAAAGAGUCAAAAGUCAAUGGUGACGAUCAUCAUGAAGAAGAUAUGGACAUGAGUGAAUAAAUUUAGUGUAAUCUGAUUUAUAUUCCUAAUGUGAAGUGAUUAUUUUUAGCAGUGCUUUCUGUCAGAAUUGAAGUGUCACCCUUCUAUUAUAUUUUCUACAGUUACAGAAAGUGGUGACCUUGGCACCUGGCUUCCAACGGUUUGUGAAAAAGGUGUACAGAUGACUUGGUUCAGGAAGUGAACUGCACUUCUUAUAGCAUCAGAUUGGUGUGCCAGUAAGAAGCUUUUUUUCUGAAAUGUAUGCAGGGAUCUCCUUUGACAAGAGUAGGAACCUCAGUAAUGUGUAUUUUUUGUUUAAAGAGACUCAACAAAUAUUGAUGUAGAUAGUUACAUAUCCUAUGAGCCUUGUGACUGUAGAUUUGAGUUCUGUAGUUUACUGUUUAUUUGGCUUUCUUAGUUUUAAGUGACGUCUGCUUUUUGUAUGUAUCUUUACGAAAUAAACUACUUUGGUAUUCCCUGCUCUUCAACUUAUCACUCGUGUAUCGCUCAUUGUUCACAAAGGGCAUCUGCCCCAACUGGAUUUGUUGUGCAACGUCAUGUGAGGGGGAAAAUAGUUUUCUUUACCUUGAUACUGACAGGUCUACCAGGUUAGCAAUUUAUGGCUGCAAUAUGUGCCAUGGUCUUGUACAGUUUAUGAAGAAAAUUUGUUUUACAUGUAGCUUUCAUAAUAAAAGCUAUUUUAAAGCCUG